AAUGGAGAGGAUAGACAGCUUUGAAGGAAAGCUAUUUUACAAAAUUUAUAUGCUUUGUAAGAAAAAUCAGAUAAACGAAGAAUAGAAAGGAAAAUUAAAAGGUAUUUAUUAAUACUGAACAUAUAAAUAGACCUUGUGAUUUUAAGAGAUGAAAGAAUUGAGAUCGCAAUGAAUUAAUAUCUUGAAGAUAAAGAUGAGUUCCGACUUUUAGAAAAUUUUCAUAAUUACUCUGGUGAAGAAUAUUCUCCAAAGAGUUUCAACAAUUUUUCAGAUGAUGUAUCAGUAGGAAGUCACAGCAAAUUUAAGGGUAAAAGACCUGCUAAAAUGGAAUUACCAAAAAAAACAUUCAUGAUCAAUUUAAGAAAGUAUGAUGUCAAAAAAUUAUCCCAAAGAGAUACAGAUGUUACUACCUACUCUAAAGGGUUUCAUUUAAGUACUGCUAGAUCAAGUGAUAACCGAAAUGUGCUUGCUUUUAAUGAACGAUAUACUUAAUAGAACUGGAGUGAAUGUGAAUGA